CAAAGCCAAAAAUAACACUUUUCCCAAUCGGCGAAGGACCGUGAGUUAAUGAAAUGAGUUAGAAAACCCGCGUGUCUAUUAAUUCAAUACUCACCCAGUCAUGAAAUACUCCAUGGAAGCUUUACCAAAGAUCCCCCUCAAUUUUAUCGCCGUAUUUUACAUAAUCGGCUUCGAAACAAUCACCACCGACUCCCGCUCUUCCACUUUAUGGAGACUGAACACCGAUCGCACCAAAAUAGUCGAAGUCAGUCCGGAGAAUCUCAAAAAAGAGCCUGGCAGCGAACAGGAGAGGGUGCUGCAGCAGUACGUACGUACCGAAGAUCCAGUUUUUAAUAUUAUAACGUCCACAGAACGGUAUGGAAAUGCUUGGGUUAAGCAUAAGGAGGACAGUUUCUGUAAUGGAUGCUCUAGCCGAGUCGAGGCAGUAAAGAAAAUCAGGAAGAAUGGCACUCGUGCAGAUGUAAACCAAACCGAUUCAAUUCUUGACCCCAAUGAGCAUGAACUGGCUUGUGGAAAGCCUGUUAAUUUCACUUUUUAUGAUAAUUUAGUUGGGGUGAUGAACAGAGAGGAACAUCCGGCCAUAGUCGAACCAGGUGCCACAAUAGAAUUUAUUAGGAAGUACAAGUUUAAAACUGGAAGAAGUUUUGAUUUGGAAUUGGUGGAGAAUAAACUGAGACAAAUCAAAAAGGAGAAACCGAAAUCGAUUCAUACCUUGCACCAGUUGGGCAACUAUUGGCGCGUCAAGGGUGACCCCAGGAGGGCCAUCGAGUGCUUCCGAAAAGCGUUAUUUAUGUCUCCCCAUCACGCGGAAAUCCUCCUCAAUUUGGCCAAGGUGUUGUUCCACUUGCAGUAUUUGGACGACGCCAUCUACCUGACGAGACGGUCGUUAGAGGUGGCGCCACCUGAACGGGGGGCGUGGCAGCAGUAUUUUACUUUAGGUGAAAUAUUUAAGGCGUAUGGUCAUUAUCAGGAGGCCCAGGUGCAUUUCAGGCACACCCUGGACCUAAAUCCGGGCUACGAGCCGGCCAUAAAGUUACUAAAGGAGCUGGAGGAGAUGCCGCUGUCCCCCUGGCAGUCUUACACUUACUUUAUUAUCGGAAGUCUGGUGGUCAUGGUGUUGGUUUUCCUGAACAAUCUGGAUAAGACGGUCGAAGGGGGACCCAGCAGAACCCAAAAACCGUUCAAUAAGGGCCUGAAAGGGAUCUCCUGGAGCGGGAAGAAAAUUAAAAAAGUGACCAAUACUUAACUGUAUUAGCGUUAAAAGUGUAGAGGCACACAUUUGAAUUUUUGAUCUCCGAUUUCUUUAGGGUUAAGUGUUAAAUUACGAGAGGGCGCCGCCUGUAACGUACCUGUGUUGAUCUUUUGCUCAUUUAGUUGUUUGUUUGUUUGUUUUUUUUUUUGAGUGAUUAAAGUUAUUCGUUAGCAAGAAAAA